UGUUCGUGAACUACUGUCUGCGCCUGCGCAGGUCCACCGUUUUCGCGCAGUACGUGAAGCCCGGAUUGAAGACGCCGAAAGACGUGCCGUUGCCAUGGCAGCCGGAUACCGGCUGCCUAGGGAGCAGGUGGUGGGGUCUCCCUGGUCUUAUUGUCAGAGCUUAGAAAGAGGAGGAGAGGAGAGCUACCCCGGCCAUCUCUGAGACCCCAGCUGCUGCAUCUUUUACAGCAUUCUUCUUUAACAAUGAAAAAUGGAUGAAAAUAAAGAUAUCGAUUUAAAAGAAAGUGGAGAAUAUGAAGAUGACUUUGAGAAGGAUUUGGAAUGGUUAAUUAAUGAAAAAGAAAAAAGUGAUGCCAGCAUAAUAGAGAUGGUUUGUGGGAAUGAAGAAAAUAUUAACCACGAAUCAAAAGAGAACAAACCAGAAACAGAUCAUACAGAACAGCUUUCCGAUCCUGACAACUCUUUGACAGAUGGGGUUUCACCAAGAAAAAAUGACUUCAUUUCUGUACCCAGUAGUCAACCUUUGGAUCCCAUAUCAGAUUCAGACAGUGAAUACUCUUUCCAGGAGUCUAAACUGGAAAUUCAGAAAGACCAGGAGGAGGAUGAGGAUGAAGAAUUAAGAAGAUAUGUUAUGGAGAAAAUUAUACAAGCCAACAAACUUCUACAGAGUGAAGAACCGGUGAAUGAUAAAAGAGAGCGGAAACUUAAGUUCAAGGACAAAUUAGUUGAUCUGGAAGUUCCUCCACUGGAAGAGACUGAUACUUACAAAAAUUAUUUGGAAAAUGAAAGUAAUAUGUCUGGCAAACUGUCAGAGAUAUGUAUUUCCAAUGAAUUCAGACAAGAAAAUGUGCUCCUAUCUCUUACAGAUGGAAGUUGUGAAGAAAACAAGGAUGGAAAAAUACUAGUAGAGAGAGAUGGAAAGUUUGAACUUUUGAACCUACAAGACAUUGAGAGUCAAGGAUCUUUGCAUCCCAUUGAUAAUGCUAAUAUUACAGAAAAUGAACCUCAGCAGGUGUCACCCAGACCUUCAAACUCAUUUGUCAAUGGUGUCAAGAAAGAAGAGCCUGUUGAGAAGAUUCAUGCUGUCACUCCCUCAUCAACAGAAGAGCCACUGGCUCAUGACCCUCAGUCACCACCUAAUCCCAGGAUCCGUUCAGGUUCAGCUACCAAUUCAGAUCAAAGUAAGGGCAAUGGGAAAUCUACUCUUAGGACACAGUCUGCUUGUAUAUCUCCAGUGAAGUCAACAUAUUGUCUUUCCCCUCGACAGAAAGAACUUCAAAAAAGACUAGAACAAAAGAGAGAAAAACUAAAGAGAGAGGAAGAACAACGAAAAAUAGAAGAAGAAAAAGAAAAGAAAAAAGAGAAUGAUAUGGUUUUUAAAGCAUGGUUGCAGAAGAAAAGAGAACAGGUAGUAGAAAUGAGGAGAAUUCAGCGAGCAAAGCAAAUUGAAGACAUGAACAAUAGACAGGAGAACAGAGAUCCACAACUAGCUUUUCGAUUAUGGCUUAAAAAGAAACAUGAAGAACACUUAAAAGAAAGAAAGACAGAGGAGCUACGAAAGCAAGAGGAAUGCUUAUUUUUCCUUAAAGAAACAGAGGGCCGUGAAAGAGCCUUUAAGCAAUGGCUAAGAAGGAAACGGAUAGAAAAGCUAGCAGAGCAACAAGCAGCCAAAGAAAGGACCAGACAGCUCCAACUUGAAGCAAAGCGUGCUAAACAGUUUCAGAACCACCUAUAUAUGUCAGAAGCCAAAUCUUUCCGUUUUACUGAUCCUUACAACUGAAGCAAGUAAGGUGGCUGGCGAAGACUCAGAAAAUGGAUUAUCAGCCAUUUUUUCUGCUGGGGUGCUGCAGAAUUCAACUGCUGAUGGAAUCUUUUUUUGACCAUUCAUGCCAACAUUUCCCAGAAGAUGAGAAUUUAUUGCUUUUGCCAACUUGUGGUUUGUUAAUGCGAGUUCUGCUGUGCUGUGAGGUUGUGUAUUAGGGUAGUAAGUUUGCUCUCUUCCCCACUGCAAGGAGACUAAGAGCUCCUCCAAUAAUCUACACAGAACACAUUAAUACUGAACAUUAAUAACAGGAUAAAUUAUAAUGAGGAACAUUUUUGAAAUCAUACAGUACUUUCUCCCAUAUCCUUCAGAGUUUAAUAAAUUAGAAGCUUUGUAUAAAGUAAGUUAGACUAUAGAAAGCACUUAUCAAAUUUUUACACUACUACCUGGAAAUCACUCAACAAAUAGGUACUUUUUUUUAGUUUUCAUUUUAGGGUAGCUACAGUAUGCUCAUAUACUCAUAUAGAACCCACUGAUUGAAUCUGUGUAUCUACUAAGAUACUCAUGAAUGGUAUUUUUUAAUUUGGUGUUACAUUAACUGAUUUUUUUGAAUGAUAAACCAACCCACUAAUCUUGGUUUAGAACCUAUUGGUCUAUGAUGUGUAAACCUUUAUAUAUUGUUAGACUUGAUUCACUAAAAUUCUAUUAAGGAUCUUUAACAUCUAUGUUCAUGAGAGACAUCAGACAUUAGGUUUGGUAUCAAGAAAACGCUGGUGUCAGAAAUGAGUUAGAAAUUGUUCCCUUUUCUUCUCUUUCCUCAAAGAGCUUGUGUAAGUUUGGUUCUGUUUCUUCCUGAGAUGUUUGCCAGUAUUCACUAGUGAAUCCAUCUAUUGAUAGGUAAAGUUUGCAUUACUGGAAGGUUUUUAACUACUAAUUCAAUUGCUUUAACAGGUUAGGGCUAUUCAGGUUAUCUGUUCUUGUGUUAUCAGGUUUGUGUCUUUUAAGAAUUUUGACCAAUUCAUUUAUCACUUAGGUUGUUAAAUAUAUUGGCAUAGAGAGAGUAGUUCAUUAUAUCCUCUUAUUUUCUUUAUUAUGUCAAUGGAAUCUGUACUGUCCACCCUCCUCAUUCUUGAUACUGGUAAUGUGUAUCUGUUUUCUUUUGAUGAUACUGCCUAGUGGUUUCUUGAAUUCAUCUUUUCAAAGAAACAGCACUUGGCUUUCCAUCAUUCAUUUCUGCUCUCAUCUUGACUAUUUUCCUCCUUCUGCUUAAUUUGUUUUAUGUGUUUUUUAAGGAAGAUUACUGGUGAGAACUUCCUUCCUUUUUAAGCUAAGUACUUAAAUCUAUAAAUUUCCCCCUAAACACUGCUUUAGUUGCCUCCCACAAAAUCUGCUAUUUGGACAUAUUGUUUUCAUUCUUCUAAUUUCCCUGUUGACCCUUACUGACUUGAUUUAUAAUAAAUCAGUUAUAAAAAGCAGUUUCAAGAAGGACCAUUAAUUUUGAUAGUUCAUAGAGCAUAUGGCCAUGAGCAUAGGCUGUGAUAUCAUAGAAAGAGUCCUCCACAUAAAGAGCUCCUUACAAAGGAAAGCCUAGGUACACUUUUUGGCUCUACCAAAAAUCAUACAAAACUGCAUAAUUUAUAUUUCUUCUAAUGUAGCUAUAAAUAUUCUCUAAUAUAGAUUUCUUCUAAUGUAGCUAUAACUAUUCUCUCCCCAAUUAAGAAUGUAAGAAGCAUGUCUUAUUUUUUUAUAUUCUUCCUCUCUCCCCUGGGCAUCUAUUUUAAAACGUUAUACAAAGCAUAUGCUCAGCAAGUUAAUAAUGUAGAAACCCCAAAUAACUAUCACAAUAAUAACAACUGCAGGAGAAAGAAGAGUUCAGAAUGUAAACAAUUGUCCUACUUCUGGGUAGCUAUCAUUUCCUGACGAAACUGCUCCCGCUCACUCAGGAGGUCUUGUAUAGCACUCUGUGCAUCACGGUUCUGGCGCUGUAAAGCUGUUCUGGAGUUGGCUAACUCAUCUGCCAUAACUCUGGAAAAGAGUAAAGACUUGCAUAAAUUCUCUGGCAAUAAGACAAGUUGAUAUAAUACCUCCGUGACUGUCAUUUUUAAAACUUUCAAAUAAGAUCUAACAUAGUCAAGUACUUAUUUUUUACUUCUUUACUAAAACAUUUAAAAUGUCUGUAAGCUUAGAACUGGCUAAAGGGGCUCAAUUAAAAU